UAGAACAAGUUGACGUCAUUUCCAGCCAGUACAUAUAUCAUGACACUUUCUUUGCCAUAUCUAUAUUUAGAAACGCCUAUUUAAGCUGUGAGUAUUUUGAAAACAUUCAGAAUUUGUUCAUUUCCCGGCGGAACAUACGUUUUAUGCCAUCGUAGACACCGAACAGAACAAUUUUCUCCCCAAACGUUCGCCCAGUGGACUGGGCUGUUCCUACUGCAAUGUCGGGCGACUCCCACAAAACGGUCAUCAAAGGGAACACUUCAAAAUAUGUGAAGUUAAAUGUCGGCGGCUCGUUGCACUACACGACAAUCGGGACACUAACAAAGCAUGACACAAUGCUCAGAGCAAUGUUUAGUGGACGGAUGGAAGUGCUGACAGACUCUGAGGGCUGGAUCCUCAUUGACAGAUGUGGAAAGCACUUCGGGACAAUCCUCAACUUCCUGCGGGAUGGAACACUUCCACUGCCAGAGAACCGCCGGGAAUUGUAUGAACUGCUUCAAGAAGCUAAGUAUUACCUUGUACAGGAUCUCGUCAAGUUGAUUGAAGCUGCCCUGAAGAAGAAGGAAGAACUGGAACCAAUCUGCAAGGUGCCCCUGAUAACCUCAACACGAGAGGAACAACAACUAGUAUCUUCCACUAUGAAGCCAGUUGUGAAGCUGAUCUGCAACCGACAUAACAACAAGUACUCUUACACCAGCAACUCUGAUGACAAUUUACUCAAGAACUUAGAACUCUUUGACAAGCUGUCACUCCGCUUUAAUGGACGGAUCCUCUUCAUCAAGGACGUCAUAGGCAGCAGCGAGAUCUGCUGCUGGUCCUACUAUGGACAUGGCCAGAAGAUAGCCGAGGUGUGCUGUACAUCCAUAGUGUAUGGUACUGACAAGAAACACACCAAGGUUGAGUUCCCCGAGGCCAGGAUAUACGAGGACACGUUGAAUGUAUUAUUGUACGAACACAGAGACAAAGGACCGGAUGCUGAACUUCUGCAAGCUACCAGGGGAUACACUGUUGGGGGUAAUGGUUACCAUAGCGACGAGGAUGUGGAUGAAAAGCUGGAUUUGGUUGACAAGCUCCGUAGAAAAUGAAAUGCCAAGUAUUGUGACAUGUGCUCAAAUCACAGGUCAGGCAUGUGGAUUCCAUGGACAGCAAGGGGAGAUAACUUGGCUUUACAUGCAUGAUAUAGUCUAAUGCUGAUGUGAUAUACUGACAGGACCACCAUGCUUGUCAGAUAAACAGCAUUCAUAUUUAUGCAAGCUGGUAUUAACUGCAGACCUAUGAACGCACCCCAGUGUUAUCGUUAUCAUAUUGAUAAUGUGGAACUGUUAUGCAUAUGACCAAACACUUAAUGCCAGUAUUAAACCAGAAUCCAGUAUGCUGUUGAUAGGAAUGUUUUAAUAUUGGCAAUAAGUAUUGGUUAUUAAUAGAGCUAAUUUGAAUUAUUUAUUUGCUGGUUUGUGGUGUCUGUCAGUUUGGAAUUUCAUCUUAAUCUUUGCGUACUUUGAUGAACUUGCUCUGCUUGCAGAAUUCUUCCUCAUCACUGGACAUUGUGACAUAUAGUGAUAUUUGUUGUGGAUAAAGAAACGUUUGUCAUCAUGUAUGAUAUGAUACCUUUCCUUUCAGCUAAUAAGGGGGCGGUGGGGUAGCUUAUGAAGACCCAGGUUCAAUUCCCCAUGUGAGGACAAUGUGUGAAGCCCAUUUCUGGUGUCCCCUGCCGUGAUAUUGCUGGAAUAUUGCUAAAAGCGGCGUAAAACCUUACUCACUAAUGGCUAAUAUCAUCACUACAUUUGCAAUAGAAGCAUGGAAGAUUCACAGAAACACAGGCAUAACACAGCUGAUAAGUUUCACCAUGAACAGGGUAAUCUUGCUGAACACACUGUACGAGUGUGGUGUCCAGUGUUAGAAGUUACUGAAUUUGGGGUGCUUCUAGUUUUGGCCAAGAAUGUACAGUGUACAGUAGGAGCUGUUUGGUAACCACUUGUUGUUAGUCACAGGGUUGGGGGUUUCUACAGUGGCUUCAGUUACUGCACAUUACACUACAAUAGUUGGUUUCAUGAAAGUGGGAACCCACGUAAUUAGUCCAAAUUAACCUUACAAUAAGCUUCAUGGCUGGCACAAGUCUGAGAGUAUCAAGACACAAUGACAGUUCACCCACGCAUAUGUUCCACAUUGACUUUAUUCUGUAUUGAUUUCCAAACAACAUUUUCUAAGUUUUGCCAUGAACAGAACUAUGUGAGUUAGCAGUAAUUCGCCAUGUCACAAGAGAAAAUUAUGACGAUAACUAUGUCCAGGCUGCAUGGAAUAUGUCCAGGAGUCAUUCGUUGUUAAGUGCAACCAGAAAUAAACAAUAGCAGGGGUCAAACCGAAAUUUCACACAUGCUCAAAACUUCCACACAGGCAAUGUGAGGAAUGUCUGGGGACUGAUGAUAUCCCUUCUUCCACUAAUACGGGGCAGUGGGGUAGCCUAGUGGUUUAAGCAUUCACGCAUCACGCCGAAGACCAGGUUCAAUUCCCACAUUGGUACAAUGGGUGAAGCCCAUUUCUGGUGACCCCGGCUGUGAUAUUGCUGGAAUAAUGCCAAAAGCGGCGUAAGACUAAACUCACAUAGUAUGGAGCAGAUUACGAUAUAUGGUGUGUCUCAUGUCGUGACUCAUGUAUCGCGGUAUGUUCUGGUAAAUGAGGAGGGAGUUUUGUCACUUCCCUGCUCCAGUCACUCACAAACCUUUCAGACAUCUGUACACUAUUUGAUACAUAUCUCAUUAACCAUGAUGCCUCCAAAUUCUGCUAGCGCAUCACACAGCCUUUUGAUAAUCGUUCAUGCAGCUAUGACGGUAUUUUGAACCCAACAAAACAACUUUGAGACACCUUACAUGUUAACUGUGCUAAUGUCCCACUUUGUCGUUGGCAUUUCUGUAUUUUUAUCUGGCUUUGGUACAGGAUAUUUUAUACAACUGAAAAUCCUGUUCUGGUCCAGGAUGAGGGAACAUAGCAGCCAGACUCACGAGAGGCCCUCUUUGAAUGCUUUACUGAAGUUAAUGUCUCUUGAUAGAUGGGUUCAAUGCUUCCACAACUACAUCGUACCAUGAACUCUAAACUUCUUUUUAAGCAAAACUGUGACU